UUGCCUUCAAAUUCGGACUCAUCUCCACCCUCAGCUGCUUUACCGGGUUUUUAUGUAUUCAUCUUUAGUAGGAGGGGGGUGAAGAUGCUGAGCAGCAGACGCCGGUGCGCGUCUACAGAGAUCCUCACACUUGAUGCCCCUCUCAGCAGAGAUGGUUGAGCCCUCGUCCAGGUUGCUGUGUUCCUCUCCAAAAACCCAGUCUCACUCACUCCUCUCCUAUCAGCUGACGCUGCGCGGCGGGCGGCUCGGUCUGCUUCUCCUGUGAGGAGGGAACCCACUUCGACCUGCCACAGCGAGACGCCAGGCUGCACGCUUAUGUUGUAGUUGAGAACAUGAAGGGGAUUUACAGGGACGGAUCCUACGACGGAUCUAUUGAACUGCGGGACGUUUUCAACAGGAGAUGCGUUAAAUGUGGCCGGAGGGACUUUGUUCAAGCCAAAACGAUGCGGAUUAGGACGGGAGUUGUUUUCUGGAACCUCAUCUUUUCACUGAUGUUCACUUGUGUGAAAGGUUUUAUCCAUACAUGUGGAGGCACGUUAAAAGGAAGGAAUGGGACGAUAGAAAGCCCUGGGUUUCCAUAUGGAUAUCCAAAUGGAGCGAACUGUACCUGGGUGAUUGUUGCCGAGGAGGGCAACAGGAUCCAUAUAGUUUUUCAAUCUUUCGCAGUGGAGGAGGAAUAUGACUUUUUAUCUUUGUAUGACGGGCAUCCACACCCGGCUAACUUCAGGACGAGGUUAACAGGAUUUUCCAUCCCUGCUCCUGUAACCAGUUCUGGCUCCAUUUUUUCGUUGAGGCUUACCAGUGACUUUGCAGUAAGCGCUCAUGGAUUUAAGGCAGCUUAUGAAGAACUGAGAAGCAGCUCGUGUGGAAACCCAGGAGUUCCCCCCAAAGGCAUCCUGAAUGGGACUCAGUUCAAUGUGGGUGACAAGAUUCGCUACCGGUGCGUCACAGGCUACGUCCUGGAUGGUCAUUCGCUCCUCACCUGUGUCACCACCUCUGCUGGUGUGUCCGUGUGGGACUUCCCAGUGCCCAUCUGCAGAGCGGAGGACACGUGUGGCGGCACCCUGAGGGGCUCCAGCGGGCUCAUCUCCAGCUUCGAUUUCCCCGGCGGUGACUCCCCUGGCACCGGCGGAGGAGCUGGUGGUGCUGGAGGCCUGGGCAGCAGCGGGGAGUGUAAGUGGACCAUACUGGCAGAUCCGGGCGACACCAUAUCUCUGGUGUUCACCGACUUUCAGAUGGAGGAGAAGUCUGAUUAUCUGGAAAUUGAAGGAUCUGAACCGACAACCAUCUGGUUAACUGGAAUGAAUAUCCCAGCUCCCAUCAUCAGCAACAAAAACUGGCUCCGGCUGCAUUUUGUAACGGAGAGCAACCACCGCCACAAAGGCUUCAGGGCUCAGUAUCAAGUGAAAAGCUCUGGAGAGCUUAAAUCCAGAGGGGUAAAAUUAUUACCAGGAAAGGACAACACUAACAAACUGUCUUUGAUGAACGAAGGGGGCAUCAAACAGGUGUCUAAUUACUGCCCCGACCCAGGGGAGCCGGAGAAUGGCAAACGGAUUGGUUCUGACUUCAGCAUCGGAGCAACUGCUCAAUUUACCUGUGAUGAGGACCAUGUGCUGCAGGGUUCCAAAACGAUUACCUGCCAGCGCGUAGCCGAAGUCUUCGCAGCUUGGAGCGACCACAGGCCUGUCUGCAAGGUUAAAACGUGUGGGUCGAAUCUGCAGGGACCGUCGGGGACUUUUACAUCGCCUAACUUCCCCAUCCAGUAUGAGAGCAACUCCCAGUGUGUGUGGAUCAUCACUGCCAGUGAUCCCAACAAGGUUAUUCAGAUCAACUUUGAAGAGUUUGACUUGGAAAUUGGAUACGAUUCACUGACCAUUGGAGACGGGGGAGAAGUGGGGGACUCUAAAACAAUUAUUCAAGUGCUGACUGGGAGUUUUGUCCCAGACCUGAUUGUAAGCAUGUCCCAUCAGAUGUGGCUUCAUCUCCAGUCGGAUGAGAGCGUGGGCUCGAUAGGCUUCAAGAUCAACUAUAAAGAAAUUGACAAAGAGAGCUGCGGCGACCCCGGUACGCCUCUCUAUGGCUACCAAGAGGGCACUGGGUUUUUAAAUGGAGAUGUCCUUCGCUUUGAGUGCCAGUUUGGAUUUGAGCUCAUCGGCGAGAGGAUGAUAACCUGCCAAAACAACAAUCAGUGGUCAGCAAACAUCCCCAUCUGCAUAUUCCCCUGUUUCUCCAACUUCACCGCACCCAUGGGGACAGUGCUGUCUCCCGACUACCCAGAGGGCUACGGGAACAAUCUCAACUGUGUGUGGUUGAUUAUCACCGAACCCGGCUCCAGGAUUCAUCUGGCCUUCAACGACUUUGACCUGGAGCCUCCCUACGACUUCCUUACUAUCAAAGAUGGGGAUCAGUCGGGCGCCAUGAUGCUCGGGCGUUUCUCUGGAGCAGAAGUGCCAUCACAUCUGACCUCCAACAGCAACAUCCUGCAGCUGGAGUUUCAGGCUGAUCACUCGAUGUCAGGACGAGGAUUCAACAUCACCUACAGCACAUUUGGACACAACGAGUGUCCUGACCCCGGCGUUCCUUUGAACGGUCGGCGUUUUGGGGACAGUUUCCAACUGGGUAGCUCCAUCUCUGUGGUUUGUGAAGAGGGCUUCAUCAAGACACAAGGAGCUGACACCAUCACGUGCCAUCUAGAGGACGGGAAGGUGAUGUGGAGUGGACUCAUACCUAAAUGUGAAGCUCCUUGUGGGGGGCACUACUCAGGGCCGUCUGGUGUCAUUCUCUCCCCGGGCUGGCCAGGAUACUACAAAGACUCCCUGAGUUGUGAGUGGGUCAUUGAGGCUGAGGCGGGACGCUCCGUCAAGAUUAGCUUUGACAGGUUUCAAACAGAGCUCAGUUACGACUUUCUGGAGGUGCACGAUGGCCCCAACCUGCUGUCGCCUCUGAUCGGCUCAUUCAAUGGAACUCAGGUCCCUCAGUUUCUGUUCAGUAGCAGCAACUUCCUGUAUUUGCUCUUCACCACUGAUAACAGUCGGUCAAAUAGUGGCUUCAAGAUCUUUUAUGAAGUGGUCACGCUGGACACAUACUCCUGUAUGGAUCCUGGUAUCCCAGUGAAUGGUGCACGCCUGAACCACGACCUGUCCAUUGGCUCUACUGUAUCAUUCCAGUGUGAUCCAGGUUAUAGACUCAGCCACGAGGAAAUGCUGGUUUGUGAAAAGAACCACUUUUGGAGCCACCCCCUGCCCACUUGUGAUGCGUCAUGUGGUGGAGAUAUCAGAGGACCCGCUGGGAUCAUCCUGUCACCUGGAUACCCAGAGCUCUACCCAAACUCUUUAAAUUGUACAUGGACUGUUGAAGUCAGCCAUGGGAAAGGUGUCCAGUUCACUUUUCACACUUUCCACCUGGAGGAUCACCAUGACUACCUGCUGAUAACAGAAAAUGGCAGCUUCGCUCAGCCUCUGGCUCGACUCACUGGCUCGGAGAGGCCGGCGCCGGUUAACGCCGGCCUGUAUGGGAACUUCAAGGCCCAGCUGCGCUUCAUUUCUGACUUCUCCAUAUCUCUACAGGGAUUCAACAUCUCCUUCUCAGAGUACAACCUGGAGCCCUGUCAGGAUCCUGGAACGCCUCGGUUCGGAUGGCACACAGGCUCCAGGUUCGGCAUCGGUGACUCGCUGUCGUUUUUCUGCAACACCGGUUAUCGCCUGCAGGGGGCGAGGGAGAUUGUGUGCCUGGGAGGUGGCCGCCGCAUGUGGAGCGCCCCUCUGCCAAGGUGUGUGGCUGAGUGUGGAUCCACGGUCUCCAAAAACGAGGGGGUUCUUCUGUCCCCAAACUUCCCAAUGAACUACGACAACAGCCAUGAAUGUGUCUACAGCAUUCAGGUCCAAACAGGCAAAGGCAUCAACAUCACCGCCAGCACCUUCCAGCUCGCGCAAGGUGACAUCCUUAAGCUGUACGAUGGAAAAGAUGGAACAGCUCCCCUUCUGGGCACCUACACUGGGACACUGAUGCAAGGCCUUUUCCUCACCAGCACUUCCAACUUCCUGUGGCUUGAAUUCUACUCGGACCAGGAUUCAACAGCAGCUGGGUUCCGCCUCAUAUACCACUGCUUUGAACUUUCCCACUGCGAUGAUCCCGGUGUUCCACAGUUUGGUUUCAAAACCAGUGACCAGGGACACUUUGCUGGAAGUUCGAUUGCUUUUGGCUGUGAAAAAGGCUACACCCUGCACGGCAGUGCCACGCUGAAGUGCAUGACCGGGGAGAGGAGAGCAUGGGACAACAACCUUCCAUCGUGCAUAGCGGAGUGUGGAGGCAGUUUUAAGGGUCAGUCUACAGGUCGAAUCCUCUCUCCAGGGUACCCCUUCCCCUAUGACAAUAAUCUAAGGUGCACCUGGAUUAUUGAGGUCAGCUCUGGAAACAUCGUCAGUCUGCAGUUCCUUGCUUUCGACACGGAGGCAUCUCAUGACAUUCUGAAGGUUUGGGAUGGGCCUCCUGAGAACGAGAUGUCUCUGAAGGAGGUCAGCGGCUCGCUGCUGCCUGAGGGAAUUCACUCCACUCUCAACACUGUUACCAUUCAGUUUGAGACAGACUUUUACAUCACCAAGUCUGGUUUCGCCAUUGAUUUCUCAAGUUCUCUUGCAACAGCCUGCAGAGAUCCAGGUAUUCCCAUGAAUGGUAGUCGCAACGGAGAGGGCCGGGAGCCUGGUGACUCUGUGACUUUCUCCUGUGAUCCGGGAUAUGAAUUGCAGGGAGAGAGCAAAAUCACCUGCAUCCAAGAGGAAAACAGAUACUACUGGCAACCCAGCCCUCCAAGCUGCAUAGCUCCAUGUGGAGGGAAUGUCACCGGGUCCUCUGGAUUCAUCCUCUCACCCAACUACCCUCACCCUUACCCACACAGCAAGGACUGUGAUUGGCUCAUUGCUGUUCACUCUGACUACGUCAUUUCGCUGGCUUUCAUCAGCUUCAGCAUUGAGCCCAACUAUGAUUUCCUGUACAUCUACGACGGACCCGACAGCAGCGCUCAUCUCAUCGGCAGCUUCCAGGACAGUAAACUUCCUGAGAAGAUUGAGAGCACUUCUAACUUCAUGUACUUGGCCUUUCGCAGUGAUGGCUCUGUGAGCUACGCUGGCUUUCAUUUGGAGUACAAAGCAAAACUGCGGGAGGCCUGUUUUGAUCCGGGUAAUGUAAUGAAUGGCACAAGAUUGGGAGCAGACUACAAGCUGGGAUCUAUGGUGACAUUUCACUGCGAGGCCGGCUACCUGCCAGGACAUUCCACUCUCACGUGUGUCAUGGGCAACAGCAAGAGACCAGAGUGGGACCGAGCCAAACCCACCUGUCAAGCUCCCUGUGGAGGUCACUUCACUGGUUCAGAGGGAACGGUUUUGUCCCCAAACUACCCACAUAACUACACCAGCGCUCAGAGCUGCGUCUACGACAUCUUUGUGCCUGGAGACUUUGUGCUCUUUGGUCAGUUCGUGGUGUUCCAGACGCUGCCCACUGAUGUGGUUGAGAUCUAUGAUGGACCCUCAGCAGAUUCAGCCCUUCUUUCAUCCAUAUAUGGAUCUCACUCAGGUGAGACUCUUCCUUUGAGUUCAGGAAACAAGAUCACCCUCAAGUUCACCACAAACGGAACUGAAACAGCCAAGGGAUUUCAUUUUGUUUACCAAGCUGUACCUCGGACAAGCGCCACUCAGUGUAGCUCAGUCCCUGAGCCCCGAUUUGGGAAGCGGAUAGGGAAUGACUUUGGCAUUGGGAUGGCGGUGCUGUUUGAAUGCAAUCCAGGCUACACACUCCACGGCUCCACUGCCAUUAGGUGCGAGGCCGUGCCCAAUGCUCUGGCCCAGUGGAAUGGCACGGUGCCCACAUGUGUCGUUCCCUGUGGCGGAGUGUUAACCGAGCGCAGAGGUACUAUCCUCUCUCCUGGGUACCCCGAGCCGUACUCCAACUAUCUGAACUGUGCCUGGAGAAUCUCCGUCCCCGAAGGAGCCGGCAUUCAGAUUCAAGUGGUGACCUUUGCUACAGAGCACAACUGGGACUCUCUGGAUUUUUUUGACGGGGUUGACGGCAAUGCUCCGAGGCUCGGCAGCUACUCAGGCACAACCAUCCCCCAGCUGCUGAACAGCACAUCCAAUAACCUGUUCCUGACCUUCCAGUCUGACAUCAGUGUUUCCUCGGCUGGUUUCCACUUGGAGUACACAGCAAUAGGUUUGGAUUCGUGCCCAGAGCCGCUACCUCCCAGUAACGGUCAGAGAGUGGGGGAUCGCUACACCGUGGGGGACAUGGUUUCCUUCCAGUGCGAUCAGGGAUUCUCUUUGCAGAACUACCCCGUACCUCUGUGCAUAGCUCAGUGUGGAGGCUCCAUGACCGACUUCAGCAGCGUCAUCCUCAGCCCCGGCUUUCCUGGGAAUUACCAGAGCAGCCUGGACUGCACCUGGAGAGUUCAGCUCCCCAUUGGCUUCGGGAUCCACCUGCAGUUUCUCAACUUCUCCACAGAGCCUGUUCAUGACUAUUUGGAAGUGCGCAGUGGGACCCUGGAGACGGGAACAGUGAUUGAUCGGUUCAGCGGCCCCAUGGUGCCCAGCUCUCUCUUCAGCACCACCCACGAGACCACUCUCUUCUUCCAUAGCGACUAUUCCCAGAACAAGCCUGGUUUCCACAUUGUCUACCAGGCAUAUGAGCUACAGCGGUGUCCCGACCCACGUCCGUUCCAAAACGGCAUUGUGAUCGGUCAGGACUACAGCGUGGGCAUGACGGUCUCAUUUGAGUGCCUGCCAGGUUACACUCUACUCGGCGAGCCAUCACUCACGUGUCUGCAUGGAGUCAGCAGAAACUGGAAUCACCCCAUCCCCCGCUGUGAAGCUCUUUGCGGUGGGAAUAUAACUUCUAUGAACGGCACCAUUUAUUCUCCUGGACACCCUGCUGAGUACCCACAUUUCCAGGACUGCAUGUGGACCGUCAGAGUACCUCCAGGUUAUGGCAUCUACAUAAACUUCUCUGUGAUCAACACAGAGCCCAUCUACGACUACAUCACUGUUUGGGAUGGACCCGACCAGUCCUCCCCUCAGAUCGGCCAGUUCAGCGGCAGCUCCGCACAAGAAGGCGUUUCCACCACUGCCAAUCAGGUGCUCAUCAAGUUCCACAGCGACUUCAGCACUAGCGGCUUCUUUGAGCUUCAAUACUACGCUUACCAGCUGAGAACGUGUCAGCCGCCCCCUCCUGUCGCCAACGCCACCAUCCUAACUGAUGAUGACGAGUUUGAAAUAGGGGACAUUAUCCGCUACUCGUGCUUGCCCGGCUUCACCUUGGUGGGCAGUGAGAUUCUGACCUGUCGACUCGGAGAGCGGCUGCAGAUGGAUGGGCCACCACCUGUCUGUCAAGUUCAAUGUCCAGCCCACGAAGUGCGUUUCGACUCAACGGGGGUGAUCUUAAGUCCCGGUUACCCUGAACACUACCCCAAUCUUCAGAUGUGCUCCUGGUUGAUCAACGUGGAGAAAGGCUACAACAUCACUCUGCACUUUGAGCUCUUUGAAACUGAGAAAGAGUUUGACUUCUUGGAAAUAUUUGACGGUCCCAACAUCUACAGCCAAAGUCUGUCCACACUCAGCGGUUACAUUGAAACACCUUUCAAUCUGACAACCUCCGGCCACCAGCUCCUGAUCCGCUGGACCUCUGAUCACGGCACCAACCACCGCGGCUUCCACAUCAGAUAUGUGGGUGAGUAUCAAACGAUGUACUGCAGUACCCCCGACUCUCCUCAGCAUGGCUUUGUGGUGAGCCAGACGGGGGGUCAUCUCGACAGCAUGGUGCGCUGGGCUUGUGACAGAGGCUACAAGCUGAUCGGAAAAGGCACAGCUGUGUGCAAGAAGACCCCCUAUAGCUACUAUGCCUGGGACGCACCAGUCCCCGCCUGUCAAGCUGUGUCAUGCAGUGUGCCCACUGCGCCAGUGAAUGGAGGUGUGCUUGCCGCUGAUUACUCCGUCGGCACACGGGUGACCUACUUCUGCAACAGUGGCUACCGGCUCUCCUCCAAAGAACUGACGACCACAGUCUGCCAGCCGGAUGACACCUGGAGCAAUCACAACAAGAUACCGCGGUGCAUCGUGAUGUCGUGCCCCAGCCUUAGCUCGUUUUCUCUUGACCACGGGAGAUGGAGGAUAGUCAACGGUUUGCACUAUGAGUUUGGGACUAAAAUAAUCUUCAGCUGCAACCCUGGGUUCUAUCGCGUCGGCCCGGCUCACAUUCAGUGUCUGGCCAACGGAGUGUGGAGCUGGAGGAAUGAGCGACCUCGGUGCAGAAUCAUUUCCUGUGGUGAUCUUCCCACUCCUCCUGAUGGGAAGAAAAUCGGGACUCAGACUACCUUCGGAGCGUCGGCUAUUUUCAGCUGCAACCUUGGCUACGUUUUAACCGGAUCUACCGUUAGAGAGUGUCUCCUAUCAGGCCUUUGGAGUGGGAUGGAGACAGAGUGUCUGGCGGGUCACUGUGGCGUUCCAGAGCAGAUUGUGAAUGGUCAGGUGAUCGGAGAAAAUUUUGGCUACAGAGACACGGUGGUCUACCAAUGCAACCCUGGGUUUAGGCUCAUUGGCUCCUCGGUGCGGAUCUGUCAGCAAGACCAUAACUGGUCUGGAUAUCUCCCAGUUUGUAUCUCGGUCACGUGCAGCCACCCUGGCAGUCCCAUCUAUGGGCGCACCACAGGCGAUGGCUUCAACUACAAUGAUGUGGUGCGCUUCUCCUGCAACAAAGGCUACACCCUGGAAGGCCCCUCUACAGCUCAGUGCCAGGCCAGUCGCCAGUGGAGCCAGCAGCCCCCGACAUGCAGAGUCGUUAACUGCACCGAUCCCGGCAUUCCUGCCAAUUCCAUUCGGGAGAGUAAAAUUGAACAUGGGAACUUCACAUUCGGCAGUGUUGUCUUCUACGACUGCAACCCUGGAUAUUACCUGUUCGGCUCAUCUGUGCUCACCUGUCAGCCGACGGGAUACUGGGACAAACCUCUCCCAGAAUGCAUUGAGGUGGACUGUGGUCACCCGGGAACACCCCCCAAUGCAGCAAUGAUGGGGGAGAAGUUCACGUUUGGAGCCACGGUGCGAUAUUCCUGCCUCGGAGAUCGUCUGCUUAUCGGAGACUCAUCACUCACUUGUCAGCUGAAUGGUCACUGGACUGGUCCUCUGCCUCACUGCUCAGGCGACUCUGUGGGCACCUGUGGGGAUCCUGGCACACCUGCCCAUGCCAGCAGGGAAGUGGGGAACUUUAAAGUGCGCAGCAAGGUGCGUUUCACCUGUGCAGUGGGACACACACUGUACGGCUCGGCGGAGAGGAUCUGCUUCCCCAAUGGGACCUGGUCGGGCAAGCAGCCCUUCUGCAAACCGGUGCAGUGCGGGAACCCAAGCACACCCGCUCAUGGACGCCUUUUCCGCGUGGAUGGAACCACUUUCUCCCACUCCAUUGUGUAUUCUUGUAUGGAGGGAUAUUUCCUCACCGGGUCGCCCACACGGCAGUGCCUGGCAAACGGCACUUGGUCCGGAUCAGCUCCAAACUGCACAAUGAUCACUUGUGGGGACCCUGGUAUUCCAGCAAACGGACUUCGAUUUGGUGAUGAUGUCACCGUGGGUCAGAAUGUGACAUUCAUGUGCCAGCCGGGUUAUGUGAUGAUAGGAGGAGAAAGCACCAUCAGCAGGACCUGCACCAACAAUGGAACCUGGAGUGGAGUCAUGCCAGCAUGCCAAGUGGUGAUAUGUCCCACACCUCCCUCCGUACCCAACGGCCGCCUGGAGGGCUCGGUUCUGGAGUGGGGCUCCAGCCUGAGCUACGGCUGCCUGCCUGGCUAUGAGCUCUCCUUCCCCGCUGUGCUUACCUGUGCCGGCAACGGAACGUGGAGCGGAGACCUGCCUCAGUGCUUACCCAAGUUCUGUGGAGAUCCUGGCGUUCCUGGCAGAGGAAAGCGUGACGGACGCAGUUUCAUCUUUAAGUCAGAGGUGACAUUUAGCUGCAGUGCCCCCUACAUGCUGGUUGGAUCAUCAACACGCAUGUGCCAGGAAGAUGGCUCUUGGAGUGGAUCCCAGCCUCGAUGUAUAGAGCCUACGAGAACCACAUGUGAAAAUCCAGGAGCACCUGACCAUGGCUUCAUGAAUUACACUACAGGCUUUAAGGUGGGCAGCAGAAUAGACUUCCAGUGCCAACAGGGACACAUACUGCAAGGGUCCACCACCAGGCUGUGUCUGCCAGACCUCACCUGGACCGGCGUCCAGCCUAGCUGCAUCCCUCAUUCCUGCAAGCAGCCGAGGAGCCCAGCCAAUGCAGACGUUCUGGGUCUGGACCUGCCCUCCUAUGGGUACACUCUGGUGUACACCUGUCAGCCAGGUUAUUUCCUCUCUGGGGGGUCCGAGCACCGUGUCUGCCGCUCUGACGGCAGCUGGACUGGCAAGGUGCCUGUGUGCAGAGCCGGAUCCAAAUCGCAAGAGAAAUUUGUCAAACCCGUCCCAGGGACACCGAGCCCCAAGAUGAAGGUUCCUGACAAUGUGUUUGCCCCUGACUUCGUGUGGAGGGGCUCCUAUGACUUCAAGGGCCAGAAGCAGCCGAUGAGUCUGACAGUGACCAGCUUUAACGCCACAAGUGGAAAAGUUAAUGUAACUUUAACAGACAGCAGCGUGGAGUUUCUGCUCUCUGGAGUCUACAAACGACAGGAGGCUCGGUUGUCGCUGCUGCUGUACCAGAUGAGAGCGUUGGCCUACAGCUCCCUGAGCAGGAUUACUGAUGAGAACUGGACAAUGGACGGAUUUGUUUCGGCUGAGCCUGAGGGUGGAAGCUUCGUGUUCCAAGGCUUCAUACAGGGUAAAGACUAUGGGCAGUUUGGGCUGCAGCGGCUUGGAUUGACUCUGAGAGAGAACGCCACCCUCCCGGACCCCGAAACCAAUGAAUCCUCCAACAGCAGCUCUGUUGCUGUUGCUAUCCUCGUGCCUUUCUUCGCUCUCAUCUUUGCAGGCCUUGGAUUUUAUCUCUACAAGCAGAGAAAAACGGAUAAAGCGCAGUACACGGGAUGUUCCGUCCACGAGAACAAUAACGGACAGGCCACAUUUGAGAACCCCAUGUACAACACAAACACGAAAGCUGCUGAGGGGAAAGUCGUCCGCUUCGACCCCAACCUCAACACCAUCUGCACCAUGGUUUGAUGUCUGCUGACUGACAGCGUAACGUGACGAUAAAGUGGACAGAGACGAUUUUCUCACUCUUUUGUUGGCACAGCAAACAUACGGUUUUGCUCUAAAACACAAAGCACACUUUCUGCAAUGAUUAAAAUUGUUGCAGAUGACUGCAUUCACCAUAAAAGUUGAAAGAGAAAGGGUGGGCAACACCUUCUCGGAUCUCAUCUUUUUGCACUCUGUGAGUGUUGGCUCCUGGUUAAAUAAAUUCAAAAAGCUAAAUUUGAGCUCAGUAGUUUCACUGUUAAAGGGGGUAUUUCACAAAACCAAAUAACAUCACUUUUUUCUAAAAGCUUAAAAAUAAUUUUAUCCUGACAGGAUUUUCAUUCUUUAAUCAGUCCUGGUGAGAAUUAUGCUCCUUUAUGGAGAAUGGGAACUUCUGCACUGUGGGUUGAUCAACGUAAUCUGUUUUCUUUUUUCCGAGCAGUAAGCGAGAAGGAGGAGGCGGAGCCGCAGCGCCAGACAGGAAGCAGGCUCUCUCUCUGAAUCGUGUCAGUCCUGUAUUCUGUUCCGAGUUAUACGGUCAAUUAUGUCUCUUAAUUGGACGGUUCCUCUUACUGACGAGAUAUACGGCCGGGAGUUAGCUGCUGAAGUGAACCACAAUUUUUCAAGCACCGCUGGGAACUCUAGGGCUUUUAUUGUUACUGUGCAGGUUCUCUGACAACAGCAGAGUGUGUUUUCUUCACCAGAGAUCCAUUCUGCAUCAGGUUUAUUACCAAGUUGGGUGCAAUCAGUUUGCUUUGGACAGAUGCAUUUGUUAGGCCUAACCCUUUGAAUUUGCUGACUAGUCGAGUACUCUUUUAUCUAGUCUGUUAGUCACCCGGAGACGCGCUUACACCAGAAAAGAUUUUUAAAAUUCACUAAACAGAAAUGUUUUGGUUUCUGAAUAACAAGUUUAGAGUGAGUAAGCCCAGCGUCGAUCGUAAAUCUCUAAGUAGGAGUUUUCUCGCUUGAUUUUAUGAAGUUUUAUUUCACGACAAGUUCAAGAACAUUUUCUGACAGUGCACAGAGCCUACAGCCGGCCAGAUUUCCCAGAGGUUUAUUUAAGUCUGGAUGCACUAACACCAGUUCAGUAUGUGUCGUGUUAACGUCUUGCUUUAUGCUCAUUAAAAUUCUGAAAUGCUUCUGCCUUAUUUUAGAGUAAAGGACAUACAGAGGUGAGAAAAAGUGCAACCACUUAAACUAUUCCUAGUUUCUCGAGCUGUAAAGUGUAUUUGUUUCUCUGAUUUUCUUUGGGGGAGCUGUGCCUUAGACAGAGAACUCUUAUUUAGCACUCCUACUCACAGCGCUUCAUGAAUAUUUGGCCUUGGCCUCUUUUGUUCACCCUCUCCGACACGAGUCGUCUCCACGUCUCAUCAGCUUCUGCCAACAAAUGUACAGUACACACAAAAGAAUUUGCACACUCGACCACGAGCCACCGUCACUCAAGACCAGCUGUGGUUUGGAAAUGAAAAGACAAAUUCAUCGCUGUCAUCACAUUUCUACAUCAUUGCAGUGCCUUGAAUCCUGUUUGGGCAGAUGUUUUGAAGGGAAACGUUUAUUUCAUUUGUAAAACUGCACACUGGUGUAAUUUCUCUGCAAAGUUUGCAAUGAUUUAGCAGAGUGAUGUCAGAUGGUUUCUGGAGAGAAGGCGAAAAGCAGCUCAGUUUCAUACCUGUGCAUGUCGGCAAACAGCGCUCUAGUACAGCAGUUGCUGCUAUCCUACUUUGUAUCCCUCUCUUGACUCAUGUCAUUGCCACUCCAUUUUGUACAUUUAUACAGUUUUGAUGCUCGAUGGCACUCUUUGACGACGUCUUGUGUUAUGGAUAUGUAAUAUAUUUUGCGAGUUCACGUUUCUUAUGGGUGAGAGCAGAAAUGCACCAACAGAAUACUUUGAGUCUGUCACCCAGAGGCUCUGGAGCAAAGUAGGAAACUUUUAAAACGUGCCACAAAAUUGUUAUCUCAUUCAAGAACCCGUGUGUGUGUGUGUGUGUGUGUGUGUGUGUGUGUGUGUGUGUGUGUGUGUGUGUGUGUGUGUGUGUGUGUGUGUGUGUGUGUGUGUGUGUGUGAAUAUGUACAUAUUACAUAACUUUUGUAAAGAGAUCUAUUUUUUAUGCAGAGAAAGCAUUUGUAAGUUAUUGAAUAUGUUGUGUAAAAUUUCACAUGUAAAUGUCAUGUAAGAUCAAAAUAAUUUUGUAUUUUUUCUUUAAUGACAAUGUAUAAAGUGUUCAUUUAUAUUAAAAAACUUCAAAUGA